AUGGAUGAAUACGACGUACAAGAACCCAGCGAGCCGCUUCGUGCCGAGUUUGCGCCUGACUCAGAGGCAAAAGUGCAGCCACAGACUCUGCCAUUGCUCUCUUCGACGCCACCUGCGGUCGCAAAAGCGUUGGUAAAGGCUUACCCAUACUUACUCAUAGUCAACAAGACAUUGCAAGUAGCCACAUGGACCAAUGACAACACCUGGCUCAAUGUGGCAGCUAUGGGCGUUUACGCCUUAGUUGUGUUGCAUUUCGAAACGUUGGUCACCUGGCUGGGCCAUUUCCUUUUGGUGCUUGUGCUAGUUCUGUACGCUGUUCUUAAUCAGCGUAUAUCUGACGAAGCAGCACGCCGUCCCACUUUGGACGAUGUGGUGCAUGCUCUUACCACUACAUGUGUUCAUGCAGACAUGGUGCUUAGCCCGGUGACGCUGAUGGCGCUCACUUCUUACGACAUCAAACGACUCAUAUUCACCACUGUUUUCCUCACGCCUGUAUACUUAGCCGUAACAGUGUUCUUGGUGGCUCCACGUACCAUUGUACUUGUGGUUGGCCUCUACGCCAUGUCGUAUCAUCUGGCCCACAUGCGCAUUGCCCGCCGUCUUUUAUGGCUGCUUCGGUUUACUAGGGUCUUGUUCUUCUACUUGACAGGUCUUGACUUAUCCCGUGCACGCAAUAGCACACUCUUUGCUGCAGCAUUCGCCAAGGUACAGAAGGCUACGGGCCCUGUUUCGGAUCUAGCAAAGCCCGUGCGGUUCACUUACGUGAUAUAUGAGAACCAGCGCCGCUGGAUCGGCAUUGGCUGGACCGCCAACUUGCUCACGUAUGAGCGGGCACCUUGGACAGACGAAUUCUUGAAUGAGCUGUCUUCAAUCGAUUCGUUUGAGUUACCCAAUGCAGACCUGUCAUUUUCCCUGCAACACCAACAGUACGUGCUGCAGCAUCCAGAAAUUACAGGUGCUCGCUGGCGCUGGGUCGACAAGACUUGGCGUUUGGAUUUGACCAACGACGGUGCUAUUGCACUCCCUUCUGGAAAACGUCUGAAGACAACUGCCAAUCCAAACUCGGAUGAGGGAUUCAUCUACUACGACAAUGUGUGGAAGAAACCUAGUACGGAAGACCUGUACUCCAAGUAUACUAGGCGGCGCCGGUGGAUUCGUACUGCUGAGUUGGUCUUCGAGCUGGAUGCUAAGCCAGACACGCCUCGCCGCAAGAGCUUGCGUUUUGCUGACCCAGAGUCUGAUGACUCGGAUCUCGACACUAAGAAAAAUGAGUAG